AUGAUGCAGCAAUCGAAUCAUGAUGUGGAGGGCCAGAAACCACCAUUGAAGAGACUCUAUUUGAUUAUAGCUUCACUAUGUGUAGUUUCGUUUCUAGCAGCCUUUGAUAAUAUCAUCGUAGCCAGCAACACACCAUUGAUAGCAACAGAGUUCAAUGGAUUUGGAUUAUACGGCUGGGUCAACACUGCCUUUUUGUUAACAGCAUCCACAUCUCAGCCCUUAUAUGGACGAUGUGCAGACAUGUUUGGCCGAAGAAUAUGUUUCCUGUUUGCAACAGCAAGUUAUUUGAUAGGUGCUGUACUUUGCGGCGCGGCACAAUCAAUGGUAAUGUUGAUUGUUGCACGUGCACUGUGUGGAUUGGGAAUAGGCGCAUUUGACACAUUGAUGAAGAUUGUAGUCGCAGACCAUAUUCCUGUGCGAUAUAUUGGCAUGUACCAAUCCAUGUUGGGGAUAUCUUGGGGAUUAGGCUAUGUCGUGGGAGCGCUUGUUGGCGGUGUCGCUGCGGAAAAUACUGGAUGGAGAUCUGUCUUUUGGAUGGCUCUUGGAUUCUGUGUGGUCGCAUUAGGGUUGAUUUUCAUUGCCAUUGAAGGCCAUUGCAGCAUAUACAGCGAGAAUAUCGGUCAUGUCGAUUUCAUUGGUAUCAUACUUUGGUGCAUUGGUGUAGUCUGUUUGGUACUGGCAUUGAGCUGGGGAGGAACCACUUAUCCAUGGAGGAGUGCUGUCAUCAUUGCAUUAUUAUGUGUCGCAGGUGUGUUAUUGAUCGUAUUUGCUGUAUUUGAGCAAAGACUGGCCAAAGAUCCGAUCAUUCCUCGCGGUAUCUUUGCAAACCGCAGCACUGUGCUUAUCCUGAUUGCUGCAUUCUGCUAUGGAGGCUGUUUCCAAUCACUCAUGACCUACGUACCUCUUUAUCUUUCGGUGAUACGACAGGAGUCAGCCAUGGCGUCUAAUUUGGAGCUUUUAUGCUUAGUACUGCUCGCUUGUAUAUUCAAUGUAUUAACAGGGCUCCUCAUUGUCAAGACGGGCACAUAUACAUGGGCCACUCGAAGCUCCUUAUGUAUACUCGUGAUUGCGUGUGGACUGUUGCAGCUGCUCAAUGUUGAUUCAAGCCGUGGGUUGAUUGUGGGAUUAAUGGUAGUGACAGGCAUAGGAAGUGGUGGCAUGAUCAACAGUGAAAUUAUUACAGCGCAAGCAUCCGUUUCAAUUGAGCAUGUACCUGCUAUAGUAGCCUUUAUGACCUUUUGUGACCAAGUAGGUGGUAUAACAGGCAUCACAGCACAGGGAAGUAUUCUGUCCAACACAUUGAGCUCCAAAUUGCAUGCAAUGCAAUUGCCUGGAGUGACACCUGAACUUGUACGCCAAAGCUCUGCUUAUCUCUGGAGUUUACCUGAACCUACACAGUCUAUUGUGAUGGAUGUAUAUAUGCAAGCAGUGAAAAUGUCUUUUUGGGGAUCGUUUGCAUUUGCUGCGGCUGGUCUACUCGCUACUUUGGGGCUCAAAGCCUAUGUGAUGAGAGAGGAUAUGAACAAUGUCAGCACCGCGACCUCUACUUUGAACGAAAAAGAAAAUGGCAAUGAUGAAGAUGGUGCGAUUGUGGAUGAAAACCCCUCUUCCGUUAUUAGAGAAACACGUAGAAAAGAAUAA